AUGUCGAAGGAACUCCGUAGAACCCCAAUCUGGAAACUGAAUAAGUUUAUAGAAGAUCACAUCCUUCCCGACUCUACAUUUCUUACUGAGGUCAAAGCAGACAUCGAAGUCAUAAGUGCUUUCCUGCAGGAGAGAUGCUUCCAAGGUGCCGCCCACCCCGUGAGGGUCUCCAGGGUAAUGAUGGGCGGCUCCUAUGACGAACACACUGCGCUCAAGGGCAGGUCAGAGGCCAACAUGGUGGUGUUCUUUAGCAAUCUCACCAGCUUUGAGGAUCAGUUAAAGUGGCGUGGAGAGUUCCUUGAGGAAAUUCAGAAACACCUGUGCCAGUUGCAACAAGAGAGACAAUUUAAAGUGAAGUUUGAGAUCCAGAGCUCAGAACAGCAGGACUGCAGGUCUCUGAGCUUCAAGCUGAGCUCCCCUGAGCUCCAGCAGAAGAUGGAAUUUGAUGUGCAGCCAGCCUAUGAUGUCCUGUAUGAACUGAGAAACUACAAGCACCUUGAACGUGAUGCCUACAACGAAUUCUACGCCCGACUCAUCCGUGAGUGCACCACCCUGAACAAGGAGGGCGAGUUCUCCAUGUGCUUCAUAGAUCUCCAUGAAAAGUUCAUGAGGGAUCGUCCACCCGAGCUGUGGAAUGCCAUUCGUCUGGUCAAGCACUGGUAUCAACUGACUGCCCUGAACCAGACUGAUUGA